GUUGCUGAAAUAUUGGCAUGAAUGCUAUGCUUUUUGCUCUUAGACACAGUUUGUCUCCUGUUUCUCUCAGUCAGUUGUUAUUGAUGCUACUCUUAGUCUUUGAUCUUAUUCACCUGAUUUUGUCCUAUUGCUUCAUUGUAAAGCUCCGGAAAGAGUUCAGCAGUGAAGUUGAUGCAUCACUUUCUGCUCUACGAGGUCUCUCGGUGGAUUCAUCCGCUAGUCAGGCAGAUCUCACUCAGCUUUUCAAAGUGGCAACUCAUGAAGCAAAGAAAUCCCGUGCUCAAAAUCGUAUAUUCCGCGUGAUCUUGAUCUACUGUAGGUCAUCCAUGCCGCCACAAUCCCAGUUGCCUUCAACUCUGAAGCUCUUCACCUUGGAUGUGAUGUACCUCCACGACAAACCCGGACCUGAUAACUGUCCACAAGUGGUGUAUGAUACACUGGUUGACGCCCUCGAACGAAUCAGUGAGUUCGAGGGCUAUAUAUUCGAGAGCGGUCAAGGACUGACGCGUGCCCUUUUCCGAAACAUGUGCCAGCUGUUGUGCCAUCCUCAGCAGCGUUGCAUUCAGGACGAGCUGGACCUACCCAAGUCUCUGGUGAAGAAGUCUCCCGCAGCUGAAGGGUUGCAAGGUGAUGAAAACGUCGUCGUCUCCAGCCAGUGACUGAAAUGUAAUUAUCAAGAAUCUAAGGUAACUCUCCAGCCACCAAAAUGCUGAUUUAUCUGUCUGAA